CGAAAAUACUACCCAACAUUCAUUGCGAAUUUGUGAUUUCCGCAUAGCAACAAUCAACAAUAUGGCAGACCAAGAAGAUAGACCAGAGUCACCAUCUACUAAACCUAAAGUAGAAAAUGUAGUCAGUGAUGCCACAGUGGCAGCUCUUCAAGAGUUUGAUUCUGGACCAAUGGAACAAGGAGAAGCUAAGCCAUCUUCUAGACCAACUUCUGCCAAGUCUGGAUCUAGACCAACUUCUGCCAAGCUGGGAUCUAGACCAACAUCUGCCAAACCAGGGUCAAAAGAAGGAUCAAGACCAACAUCAGCCAGGCCUGUAUCUGGUAGAGUGUCAGCUACUGGAGAAAGACCAAGCUCCUCUGCCAGACCGGUCUCGGCUGCUAAGGAUAAACCACUGUCUAGACCUGGGUCUGGAAAACCACCAUCACCUGCAGGGUCUCGACCACAAUCUGUUACUGGAGGGUCCAGGCCUCAGUCUGCAGCUGGGUCUAAGAAAGAUUCCAGACCAACAAGUGCAACCAGAGCUGUAGAAGAAGAACCUACUUUUGGCGUCAGUGAUGAUUUUGGUGGAGAGGGCGGGGAUGACGAUGAUUUUGACCAAGGAGAAUACAUGGCUCCUGAACCACCCCAGGAACCCAGUAAUGCAGUUGCCCUAAACUCUCAAGGAGGUGGAGGUGGGGAUGACGGAGAUGAUGGUGAAGGGGGUGGGGACAGCGAUGAAGAUGAGGAAGAGAUGGAAGAUGAGGGCGGAGAAUCUGAUGACGGAAGUGAUGCUGAGACAGAUAUGAUGGUCCUUGACCCUGAUCAUCCAUUGAUGAAACGAUUCCAAAAUGCUCUCAAAACACAUUUGACCAAACAAGAUGAAAAGUUCACCCUUGAAGUGAGAGAGUUGGAUGAAGCAUUGAGAAACAGGAAGAAGUUAAGAGAGGACCUUGGUGUAGAUCUUUAUGGGAUACAGCAGGAACUAGCUAGAUACCAGAUGUUACUGGAGAAAAAUCAUGAUGAAUAUUCAUCACUUCACCAAGGGAGACAACAAGAGGAACAACAACUUGGUGAUGUCAGAGGUCUAUACAAGGAAAAUCAAGUAUCUGUUAAUAAGGAGAAAAAGAAAUGUUCUGAGUUACAAGCUGAGGUAGAGAAUUUGGCUUUACGUUUAUUCUACAUGCAGAAUGCUAAGGAGGAUGUAAGAUCAGACAUUGCCAUUAUGAGAAGAGCCGCAGAAAAAGCAGAUACGGAAGUAUCCAAAGCAGAAAUAGAAAAACAAAAGCAGGAUUUAUAUGUAGACAGACUGGUAGAAACAGUAGACAAACUGAAGGAAGAGAUAGCCAUGUUUGAGGCUCAGAUUACUGCCCAACUGGAAGAAACAAAGGCAGCCAAAGAAGCAUUAUCUGAUGCCCAUAUGGAAAUUGAGGCUAUUCAACUCGAGAAGAAACAGUUAUUUCAGCAAUGGAAUAGCUCUAUCAUUGGAAUGAGGAGAAGAGAUGAAGCUCACUCUGCCAUGAAUGAGGCUUUAGAACAACAGUUGCAGAAAGUACUAUCACUUGAGACAGAAAUAGAGGGAUACAAGAAAUCAAUCUUCAAAGAACAAGAACAGAAUGAAAAAUUAACAUUGAUAUUGAACAAGACAGAGAGAGAUAUAGAAACUGUCAAGAAACAAUUGACUCAAUGUAUAGCUAAGCAUGAUGCAUUGAAGGCUGAAUAUGCCACUUAUACCAGAAUGUUACACGAGACAGAACAAGCUCUAAACAGAGCAAUGACAGACAAAACUUUGAGAUUAAAUGAGUUGAAUGCAUUGAGAAAGCAGAUAGAAAGAGAAUAUUUAGAGAAAGUGAAUUUGGAAGAUGAAAUCAUGGAGAAAAUGAGAAGUCAAUUGACAAUGGACAAAGCUGCACAUUAUACUAAGAAAUUGACAGGAAAGAGGAGGGAUCUCACCAAACAACUUGAAACUUCAAUGGCGGAGGUAGAAAACCAAAUAUCCAGGGAUUCUUUGGAAAUCUCUAAUGUUCAAACUAGAAUUGAAAGAUUGAAUAAAGUAAUGGAACAAAUGGAUGAAGAAAUCGCCCAGAGAAAUGAAAUAAUUAACAAAAGUGAAGGAGAGAUUAUAAGGAGGAAUGCCAUUAUUGAGAGGAAACAGAAUGUUAUUGACCAAUAUAACAAGAAACUUGAAGCCCUCAUUACCAAUGCUGGAGGUGUAGAGUUAGGUCCCUUGGAGAUCCAGAUCAACUCUCUACAGAAGUCAAUAGAUGGCAUGAUACAGGAGAUAACAGAACUACAACAGAUCUGGUUACGACAACAAAGUGAACUGGUCAGACUGGCCAAAGACAAGGAGGAACAAAUGGUUGAUGUGGAGAAACUCAAGAAACAACUCACAAUUCUCCUGCAAAAGAAAAUUAGAACUGAGGGUGAUAUUGAUCAUGAAAGACGUGAAACCUACGAUAUUGAGAGGGGAAUUAGUGUCAUGCAAAAUGAUAUGUUGAAAUUGAAUCAGUUAAUGCAUAGACAAUCUGGAACUCAUCAUGAGCUGAAGCAGAAUAAUAUCUUGUUAGAAAACGAUUUCAUUGGUGCUCUCAAGGCAGCAGAGCUUGAGUCAAUAGAAUUACAAACAUCACUGGAUGGUGUUAAAGAAGAAAAGGAAAGAUUACUCAAUAGUCUUGUGGAGUCAGAACGUCAAAUAAUGUUAUGGGAGAAGAAAACACAGCUUGCUAGAGAAACCAGAGCUGCUGUUGACUCAGAAGUAGGUCAAGGUGAAAUCAAGGCCAUGAAAGCUGAAAUUCAUCGUAUGCAGGUCAGAUAUGCUCAACUGAUGAAGAACCAGGAGAAAAUGAUACAAGAAAUGGAGAAAGCUGUUUCUAGGAGAGAUACCAUAGUUACAAGAGGUGAUGCGUCACAGAAAGUCAACAAGAAAGUAUUAACUAAAGGAACAUUCGAAAGACAGAUGGGAGAAUUGAGAAAGAAGAUCAAAGUUACAAUAACGGAGGCUAAUUCUUGUGAUGGUGAGAUUAAUGAACUAAGAGACCACCAGACAGAUCUGAGUCAACAGUUAGAACAGAGACAAGUUAAUGUACAACAAUUACAAGGGGAAGCUGAUACAUUAGAUUCUGAUGUGGAGAAUAUGGUGGAGCUUAAACAAAAGAAUAUGACUGAAUUACUGGGCAAACAACAGAAAAUGAAGUAUUUCCAGCAAGCUAAGGAUGGAAAAUAUACCAUGUUGUGUAAAUCUGACUCCACAUUGGAGACGGAAAAUUCCAAACAAGUUGACCGAUUACAAACCCUCAGUGCUAUAGUGGACAAGUUAAACCAAGAAUUCCCACACGUACAGCCAGCUCUAAGAAAGGUCACACUUGCUCUGAGUUCAAGAAUUGAUGUUGCAGACGACUAAAGACAAUUUUUGAUAGUUUUUAUAAAUUAUCGUCAUCAGACUUUUGUUGAAGAAAAAAGAUUGAAAAGAAGCAAAUUUAAUACAAUCUUUUCAAAUACUUGUUAAAAAAAGAUGUAUUUCUUUCAUUUUCAGAAGUUUAACAAUUUAUGAAUGUAUUUACUAAAUGUCACUGCCUAUAGGGGCCACUUUUUUCUAACUGUGAUGAAUUUUAUUGCAUAAAUGUCUCUUAAUAAGAAUUUGUAUGAUACAAAAUGUUUGUAUAGUAUUAUUAUUUAUUAUUUCACUAUUAAAAUGAAUCAUUAUAUCUUA